GUCUAACACAGACAGACUCCAGCGGGUGGGGGCAGCGCGCACGGACACAUACCGAUGUCGAAGACGGCAUGACCAAAUUGGGGUCUGCUGCUGCAGUUCCUGUGGAAUUUAUAAGCUGAAAGGCGCACAGUGAAGAGUGCCCAGUGGAACCAACUCUUACUUUUCGACUCGCUUUGUUGUGGUGGUCUGCUGCUCGCGGCGAUACUGCUUUUUUUCUUCUUCUUUCUGUCUCGACCUCGCUUUCUGUUUCGGAGUACUGUACGGCACUAGAGAAGCGCAACUGAUUUCGUGGACUGGAGCCGGGGGGCGCCGUUCCUUUGAAGGCGCUGCUGGACUCUGCACAGCGAGGGGAAGCCAUGGAGGGCGACUGUCUGAGCUGCAUCAAGUACCUCAUGUUUAUCUUCAACUUCUUCAUCUUUAUGGGUGGAUCCUGCCUGCUGGGAAUCGGGAUCUGGGUGUUGGUGGACCCUACAGGCUUUCGGGAGAUUGUCGCCGCCAACCCACUUAUCUUCACCGGGGCCUACAUUAUCCUGGCCAUGGGCAGCCUGCUGUUCCUUUUGGGCUUCCUGGGUUGCUAUGGUGCCGUCCGUGAGAAGAAGUGCCUGCUGCUUUUUUUCUUCAUGCUCAUUCUCAUCAUCUUCCUGGCAGAACUGGCGGCUGGAAUCCUCGCCUUUAUCUUCCGGGAAAACCUGACGAGGGAGCACUUCACCCAGGAACUGAGGAGCCACUAUCAGAGGAGCAACGAUACGGACGUCUUCACGGCCACGUGGAACGCCGUCAUGUCCACGUUUGACUGCUGCGGAGUUAACAGCGCCGACGAUUUUGAAGAGAGCAUAUUUCAGCAGAUAAAUAUAGAUCUGGUCCCGGAGGCCUGCUGUAAGAAGACCCCAAACAGCCAGGGGGCGCAUUACCUCAGCAGGGAGAGGUGCUCCAUGGGAAUGAUGGAAUACAGAAACACAAAGGGCUGCUACUCAACAGUCGUCGAGUAUUUCGAGACGUACAUCUACCUUGCCGGCGGCCUGACCAUCCUGGUGCUGACCAUCGAGCUCUUCGCCAUGGUCUUUGCCAUGUGUUUGUUUCGGGGCAUCCAGUAAGGAUUGUGUGUGUGGACACCGAGAACCUGCAAAAGAAGAUUUGUGUUCAACAGGUGAAGACACACAAAAAAUAUGAAGUGACCAAAACACUGUACACGUACUUCAGGGCUGGAACUUUGAGGUGCUGAAAAGACAAAGAGAGACUGAAAUGAGGAAAAAUACUGACGGGCGGAUUUGUAUUUUAUUUGAUUUCUUUUUUUAACUCCUUUUGCUGACCUGCGAGAAGCAGGGGAGCAGGACGUGAACUGUGAGCAUCGCACUGCCAGCCCGCUGCUGCUGCUGCCCCCUGGUGGCCGAAUGGUGGCGCACAUCACCAUGGCGGUGCUGCAGCCGUCGGACCCUCUUUGUUUUACGUGUUUUUACGACUCUUUAUCCCUUCUUGUUUGUUUUAAUUAUCUGCUCUACGAUUAUAGUGAUGAUGACUGCAAUAUUAUUAUAAUUAUUUUUUAUUAUUAUUAUGACAAUGAUGCUUCUUAGGGUUCCCAGCCUCCAAACAAGCCCUUGUGUCGCCAGUAGAACUGCGACUGAUGGAGAUGUUUGGAUCGCUGGCGCCCUCCAGUGUUAGCAUAUGCUAGUUGUGGGUUUCUUGCACUUGGGCAGGUGGCCACAGGUCUGCUCAUCUUGCCAAAGAGAUGGCACUCCCUAUCCGGAACAUUCCCUCCCUGCCCACCCCUUCUAUCACUGACCACUAGGAUUGGGAGAGGGGAGGAAACGGGGUGAUUUGGGGAUUGCAGGUCACUCCCACUAUCCCGCAGUGCCCCCUUCUCACCCGCCAAUUGAGUGUCAUUGCUUCCCCAUCCCUUUACUGUUAAUGCACACCAAACAGAAAUUGCAAUAUAGUGCCUUUCAUUGUGAGCCUUUUCUCCAAGAACUUUGUGCUUAAAAAUCCCAAGAUAGUAGUCUGGGACACUAAAUGACUUGUUCAUGGUGAAUGACCCCAGCCAGCCACUGGGGUCGGGGGACCACACUUCCCUUGAAGUCGUGUUCUGCUGUUCUGUACCAGUUUGGUUUGUUCAACCUGCAUUAAACAACAUGGCACUUCCUUGUCUGGCAGGUAGGGGGCAACGUUGGGCUCACAGAAUGCACCCACACACAAGAGCAGAAAGUGAUUGUGCAUGCCCAGUCCAUCUCAUAGGGUCCACCAUUGGCAUCGUUUGUGACCAAUGCCAAUUGAAGUGAUGUGUUUGUUAUGGAGGGCAUAAGGCAGCCCUAAAUCUGAUCAGUAACAGCUGCCAGCCCACCACUCUGCCCCACCAUACAUCGCAGUCUGUCUAACAGCUGGGUCUUACUGACCCCUAGUGAUGUUCUACUGUAGCUACAACCUGGCCUAGAGGAUGACUAGUAGAUAGGAACAUAAGAUGAAGGGAGACAGGAUGAGGCCAAAGAAGGUGAUUUGAUGGGGUCUCAAAUGAUACCCUAAAUGCCCCCCCCCCUCCCCCCCCUUUACUAAGUAUGUACCCACUUUAAAAUUCUCAGUGCCUUCGCCUUUUUAUUAUUCAUGGAGAAGGAAGAGGAUGUGGAAGUGAGUUACAAAUAUCAGCCUGGGUGUUGGCAUCACGAUGAAAGGCACUAUAAACAAUAUAUAUAAUGGGUCUCACCCUAAGCCCCCCCCUCCAGGCUUUAUUACAUUUGUACCCCAUUUUAGAAUUCUUGGUGGCAUCACGUUUUUGUUAUUCUUGGGGAAAGAAGAGGAUGUGGAAUUGAGUUACAAAUUUCAGCCUGGGUAUUGGCAUCAUGAUGAAAGGAACUAUAUAUAAUGGGGCUCACCCCAUGUGCCCCCCUAGUCUUUAUUACAUAGUACCCCCACUUUAAAGUUCUAGGUGGCAUUACCAUUUGAUUGAGUACAGUAUACUUGGGAAAGGAAGUGGUUGUGAAAUGAGCUACCAAUAACAUCAUGGGUUUUGGCAACUUUAUGAAAGGUGCUAUAUACAAUAUAUAUAAUGCGGACCCCUCCCCAAUGCUUUAUCACAUACAUAUGCCACUUUAAAGUUCUGGAUGGCAUUGCCUUUAUGUUAUGCUUGGGGAUGGAAGAGGAUGUGGAAGUGAGUUACAAAUACCAGCAUGGGUCUUUGUACCACAAUGCAAGGCACUAUAUACAAUUUAUAAAAUGGGUCUCACCCUAUGUGCCCACUGGCUUUAUUACGUUUGUACCUCACUUUAAAGUUCUGGGUGGCAUUGCCUUUAUGUUAUGCUUGGGGAUGGAAGAGGAUGUAGAAGUAAGUUACAAAUAUCAGUGUGGGUUUUGGUGCCACAAUGAAAGGCACUAUAUACAAUCUAUAAGGACUGAUCUGAUAGCUUUAGAAUUCUAUUGAUAAUUCCAUUCCCAGUGAUCACCGCAGAAAGAUGGCGGCAGAGUAAUCCAAACAUUGUGUCUGGUGAAAGGCGCUAUAUACAACUCUCUGUCUUGGUCACUUCAUUGCUUUUCAUGAAUCUUUUCAUUUUCCACCUGUUGGUGGCUCCACCUACUGAUGAGUGUUGGCAGUGCGGAUUCUGACAGUUGUGCCCAAUUCUUGAGCUGUCGCUUCAGGUGUGGCACACCGGGCCUUGGGUUCAUUUAUUCAGUUGAGCAUACAAAGUGAGAAGUUGUCCCUCCUCGAUACGGCCUUGCCAUCUCGUUGCCCGCUGCCAGUUUAGAUGUGGCAGCCAAGUGGUUGCCAUUGUAAGAUACUGUAUGUAUAUAUUUUUUUUUUUACUUUUGGAAAAGAGCAGCAUAAGCUUUCAUUCCUUACUAUUAGGCAGCCCAGAAGGAGGAGAGUCCCAAAUUAUGAUCAUACGAUGUUCAAUCCCACCGCUGCCACCACGUUCAUGCCAUUAGCAAGUCACUUUGCUACCAUGGUGUGUAUUAUAAAGGGCCAGAAGCCUCCAGGUGCCUCCUUGAAAGGCGCCAUAUGGUAGAAUGACAUGCUUUUCAUCACUUUUUCUUACCCCCAAGGUCAUAAAUAGAGACAAGGGUGCAAAUUCAGACUUUUGACUCUGAGGGGUGCAAUGAAGCCUAAUUGGGGUAGAAGGCUGGCUAAGCCAAUCACGCUCAGCCACCCUAAAAACGCAAUGCUGCCCUCUGCUGGGGUGGCAUCAGCCAAAGGAAGGAGAUGGCAGAGCGUGCCCUGCUGAAAAUAAAACCUGUGACGUCACUGCCAAGAGCAUCAAAGGCCCUGGUUGGUUGCGGCGAUUUAUUUUCCAAUUACAAUUUGAAAAUCGGACUUUGUCUGCUUCUUGGUGGCUUGAACCUGAGUCCUCUGAAGGUAGCCUGGCUUCUUCAGCCUUCCUUUAUCAAUUUCUUUUAGGUAUUAAAAACACACACACAACCUGCAGCUCUUCUGUUUGUUUGGUUUUUCUGCCUCUGGAACUUUGUCAGUGAAGUUGUUAAUAUGCACACAAAAUAAAGGAUUAUUUUUA